AUGAAGGUCACUGGAGGUCUUGUCGCGUUGGUGGCCGUGGUCGCUGCUCAUGAGGGCCAUGAGAACCAAGAACCGCUCAGCGGACCGCAUAAGAGCUUGUGGUAUAACACCCUGCCUGGUGAUGGCGGAAAGCAGGUGAGUCACCUGGGAGAGAAUCACGAAAAGCAUUGAAAGAAAUUCAUUGAAAGCCAAAAACCAGGCCGAUUCCAUCUUCUCCGGCAUUUCCACCUUUGGACGCAUCGAAUACUCUCCCUGCCUCGCCACGGACCAUGUGAAAUACGACAUUGCCUUCAUCGGAGCGCCCUUCGACACGGGCACGUCGUAUAGACCCGGAGCCAGAUUCGGUCCCUCUGGCAUCCGUCAGGGUAGUCGUCGUCUCAAUCUCUAGUAGGUGGUUUUCCCGAUCAAACCAGCUGACACUUUUUUGCUUCUUGGAGCAUGGAGGCUCACGAAAAGUUCGAUUCAGCGGAGGUUACAAUGUCCCUCUCGAUGCGAAUCCUUUCAACGAUUGGGCGAAAGUGAUUGAUUGUGGUGAUAUCCCUGUGACUUCGUGAGUACCGAGAGGGCAGUUUUUAGCGGUGACAGAGGACUGAUGUUGGGAAAUAGAUAUGACAAUGAAUGGGCUCUUCAGCAAAUCGAAGAGGGUCAUAACAGUAUCCUCAUGCGAGCUCCAGCUACCGACGCCCAUGAGCCGGGCAUUUCGAAGCACGGCAAGACUCUGCCGAGAGUGAUCACUCUUGGUGGAGACCAUACCAUCACUCUCCCACUGCUGAGGAGCAUGAACCAGGCCUACGGUCCCAUCACCGUCAUCCAUUUCGACUCCCACCUGGACACCUGGAGACCCAAAGUCUUCGGUGGCGCUCCCAGCAAAGUCGCCAGUAUAAAUCGCAAGUCACUCAGUCCCCUCCACCCCCACCCCCAAACCCACCAACCCAACAACCAAAACCAGCUAGCUAGCUAACAUCUUCCCUCUCCCUCUCCAGACGGUACAUACUUCUACCACGCCGCCGAAGAAGGCCUCCUGCGCAAUGACACCAACAUCCACGCCGGCAUCCGCACCACCCUCUCCGGCCUCUCCGACUACGACAACGACGGCUACUGCGGCUUCCACAUCGUCGAGGCCCGCGAGAUCGACACCAUUGGCACCGACGGCAUCAUCAAGAAGAUCCACGAACGCGUAGGACACAAGAACCCCGUCUAUCUCUCCAUCGAUAUCGAUACGCUGGAUCCGGCCUUUGCGCCGGCCACGGGCACGCCGGAGACGGGGGGCUGGUCGACGCGGGAGUUGAGGACGAUUGUGAGGGGUCUGAAGGGGAUUAAUCUUGUGGCGGCGGAUAUCGUCGAGGUUGCGCCGGCUUAUGAUACGAAUGCGGAGUUGACGACGAUGGCGGCGGCGGAUACGCUCUAUGAGGUUAUGAGUUUGAUGGUGUUGAAUGGGCCUUUGACGGAUGCCAAGGCCGUGAAGGCGAAGGAGGAGAUGUAA